UAGUGGUGUCAGGGACACGGGGGCAGGCCCCCCUCCCCAUCCUGUGUUCCCCCAGGAGCCCAGCUGGAAAACAUUGGUCAUUGGCGCAGGGGGUGAGUGAGGGCGCUCCCUGACCUCCCCUCUCUUCCACCCUCCCCUGGGAGCCUGGAUGCUACGUGUGUUUGGGGACGCUGCCCCGUCUGAAGGUCGGCUCAGGGUCUUGCAGCAUAGGGGCUGAAGGGGCCAUUGCCUCUCAAGGUUGGAGGUCAGAGCUUGCUGCCAAAGAUGAGGCCCACCUGUCGCCCUGGCAUGUCCUUGGUCAUCAGCCCCUUGGGUCUCCUUAUGGCCCUGCUUCUGGGCUGUCUGGCUGAAGAAUCUCCCAGGUUCAUCAAGGAGCCCCGGGAUCAGAUUGGGGUGUCAGGUGGUGUGGCUUCCUUCGUUUGCCAGGCCACUGGAGACCCCAAGCCACGGGUGACGUGGAACAAGAAAGGCAAGAAGGUGAACUCCCAGCGCUUUGAGACGAUCGAGUUUGACGAGAGUGCCGGUGCGGUGCUUCGGAUCCAGCCCCUGAGGACACCCCGGGAUGAGAAUGUGUACGAAUGUGUGGCGCAGAAUCCCAUCGGGGAGAUCACCGUGCAUGCUAAGCUCACUGUCCUCCGAGAGGACCAGCUGCCCCCUGGCUUUCCCAACAUUGACAUGGGCCCCCAGCUGAAGGUGGUAGAGCGUACAAGGACUGCCACCAUGCUUUGUGCAGCCAGUGGAAACCCAGACCCCGAAAUCACCUGGUUUAAAGACUUCCUGCCGGUGGACCCAAGCACCAGCAAUGGCAGGAUCAAACAGCUGAGAUCAGGUGCCCUGCAGAUCGAGAGCAGCGAGGAGACGGACCAAGGAAAAUAUGAGUGUGUGGCCAGCAACAGCGCAGGAGUGCGCUACUCAUCCCCUGCUAACCUUUACGUGAGAGAGCUACGAGAAGUACGCCGGGUGGCCCCCCGUUUCUCCAUCCUGCCUGUCAGCCACGAGAUCAUGCCCGGAGGCAACGUCAACAUCACCUGUGUGGCCGUGGGCUCCCCCAUGCCCUAUGUCAAGUGGAUGCAGGGGGCCGAGGACCUGACCCCCGAGGAUGACAUGCCUGUUGGGCGUAAUGUCCUGGAGCUCACCGAUGUCAAAGACUCGGCCAACUAUACGUGCGUGGCCAUGUCCAGCCUGGGCGUCAUCGAGGCUGUGGCCCAGAUCACAGUGAAGUCCCUCCCCAAGGCCCCUGGAACCCCAGUAGUGACAGAGAACACGGCCACCAGCAUCACCAUCACAUGGGACUCGGGCAACCCUGACCCCGUGUCCUAUUAUGUCAUUGAGUACAAGUCCAAGAGCCAAGAUGGCCCUUAUCAGAUCAAAGAGGACAUCACCACCACACGCUACAGCAUUGGGGGCCUCAGCCCCAACUCGGAGUAUGAGAUUUGGGUGUCGGCGGUCAAUACCAUAGGGCAGGGCCCUCCCAGCGAGUCGGUAGUGACCCGGACUGGGGAGCAGGCCCCAGCCAGUGCCCCCCGAAACGUGCAGGGCCGUAUGCUCAGCGCCACCACCAUGAUCAUUCAGUGGGAGGAGCCAGUGGAACCCAACGGCCUGAUUCGUGGCUACCGCGUCUACUACACCAUGGAGCCCGACCACCCUGUUGGGAAUUGGCAGAAACAUAAUGUGGAUGACAGUCUCCUGACUACCGUGGGCAGUCUGUUAGAAGAUGAGACCUACACCGUCCGAGUAUUGGCCUUCACCUCUGUGGGUGACGGACCCCUCUCAGAUCCCAUCCAAGUCAAAACACAGCAAGGAGUGCCUGGACAGCCCAUGAACUUCCGGGCAGAAGCUAAGUCCGAGACCAGCAUCAGCCUGACCUGGAGCGCCCCUCGGCAGGAGAGUAUAGUGAUGUAUGAGCUGCUCUAUCGGGAAAGAGACGAUGGGAAAGAGGUAGGGAAAAACUUUGGCCCCACAACCUGGUUCGUGGUGGAGGAUCUGAAGCCCAACACGGAGUACACCUUCCGCCUGGCAGCCCGCUCCGCACAAGGCCUGGGGGCCUUCACCUCGGAGGUCAGGCAGCGCACUCUCCAGUCUAAACCGUCCGCCCCCCCUCAAGACGUAAAAUGUGUCAGCACCAGAUCCACGGCCAUUCUGGUAAGUUGGCGCCCGCCGCCCGCCGAGAGCCAAAAUGGUGACCUAGCGGGCUACAGCGUGCGCUACCGAGCCCUGGACUCUGAGGACCCGCAUCCCCGGGAGGUGAAGCAGAUCCCCCCCAGCACCACGCAGAUCCUCCUGGAGUCCCUGGAGAAGUGGACUGAGUACCGCAUCACCGCGGUGGCCCACACGGCCGUGGGACCAGGGCCCGAGAGCUCGCCCAUCAUCAUCCGCACCGACGAAGACGUGCCCAGUGCGCCCCCUCGGAAGGUGGAGGUGGAGGUGCUGAACUCCACAGCCAUCAGAGUGCUGUGGCGCUCACCUGUCCCCAGCCGGCAGCAUGGACAGAUCCGAGGCUACCAGGUCCACUAUGUCCGCAUGGAGAAUGGAGAGGCCAAGGGGCUGCCCCAGAUCAAAGACGUCAUGCUGGCUGAUGCCCAGUGGGAAACAGAUGAUACAGCUGAAUACGAAAUGGUCAUCGACAGGCUGCAGCCUGAAACCUCAUACUCCGUCACUGUGGCAGCAUACACUAUGAAAGGUGACGGUGCACGCAGCAAACCCAAGCUGGUGGUGACCAAGGGAACAGUCUUGGGCAAGCCCAGUCUAUCCAUACACCAGACCCUGGACAACAGCUUGCAGGUGCGCUGGGAGCCAGCUCCGGGGUCCGAGGGCCAGGUCCUAGGCUACCGGCUGCAGUUUGGCCGGAAGGAUGUGUCCCCCUUAGCCACCCUGGAGUUCCCAGCCUCAGAGGACCAAUACACAGCCACCAGCAUCCACAAAGGGGCCACGUACGUGUUCAAACUGGCUGCCAAGAGCCGGGCGGGCUUCGGGGAGGAGGCGGCCCAGGAGCUCAGCAUCCCUGAGGACGUGCCACAGGGCUACCCGCACAUCCUGGAGGCUGGCAACGUGUCGGCAGCCUCGGUGCAGUUCCGCUGGCUGCCCCCCGUGCCAGCCGAGAGGAAUGGGGCCAUCAUCAAGUACACCGUGGCCUUCCGAGAGGCCGGCUCGGCGGGGCCGCCCGUGGAGACAGAGCUUCCCGCAUCACCGGAUAACUCGUUCACCUUGCAAGGCCUCAAGCCCAACACAGCCUAUGAUGUUAAAAUCCGUGCCCACACGAGUCAGGGCCCCGGGCCCUACAGCCCCACUGUCCGCUAUCGGACAUUCCUCCCGGACCAAGUCUCGCCCAAGAACUUCAAGGUGAAGAUGGUGAUGAAGACCUCGGUCUUGCUGAGCUGGGAAUUUCCUGAGAAUUAUAACUCCCACACCCCCUACAAGAUCCAGUACAACGGGCUCAACAUUGACGUCGAUGGCCGCACCACCAAGAAACUCAUCACCAACCUCAAGCCAAGCACCUUCUACAAUUUUGUGCUGACCAACCGCGGUAACAGCAUGGGCGGCCUGCAGCAGACCGUCGCCGCCUGGACGGCCUUUAACAUGUUGAACUCUAAGCCCACCAUCACCCACAAGCCCGAGCCUGACGGCCGCGUGCUGGUGCAGCUACCCGACGGCCAGAGCCCCGUGCCUGUCCAGAGCUACUUCAUUGUGGUGGUGCCUCUGAGGAAGAUCCGGGGCGGAUUCCAGAAUCCCCCAGCCAGCCCAGAGGAUAUGGACCUAGAAGAGCUGAUCCAGGACAUCUCGAGGCUGCACCGGAGGAGCCUGCGCCAUUCCCGCCAGUUGGACUCCCCCAAGCCCUACAUCGCUGCCCGCUUCUACUCUCUGCCCUCGCGCUUCGAGCUGGGGGACCAGAGACACUACAGCGGCUUCGACAACAAAGCCCUCGAGGCCGGACAGAGAUACGUCUUCUUCGUCCUGGCGGUGCUCCAGAAGACCGAGCCCACCUUUGCGGCCAGCCCUUUCUCCAGUCCCAUCCAGCUAGACAAUCCUGACCCGCAGCCCAUCAUUGAUGGGGAAGAGGGCCUCAUCUGGGUCAUCGGGCCUGUUCUGGCUGUGGUCUUCAUCAUCUGCAUUGUCAUCGCCAUCCUACUUUAUAAGAACAAACCUGAUAGCAAACGGAAGGACUCUGAGCCACGCACCAAAUGCCUGCUGAACAAUGCGGACCUCGCGCCACACCACCCAAAAGACCCAGUGGAAAUGAGACGCAUCAACUUCCAGACGCCAGAUUCUGGCCUCAGCAGCCCCCUCAGUGACCCCGAGUUUCACUUUGAAAGUAUGCUCAGCCACCCUCCAAUCCCCAUCACCGAGAUGGCUGAGCACACAGAGCACCUCAAAGCCAAUGACAACCUGAAGCUGUCCCAGGAGUAUGAGUCUAUUGACCCUGGACAGCAAUUCACAUGGGAACACUCUAACCUGGAGGUGAAUAAACCGAAGAAUCGUUACGCCAAUGUCAUAGCCUAUGACCACUCCCGGGUCAUCCUUCUCCCCAUGGAAGGCAUUGUGGGCAGUGAUUAUAUCAACGCCAACUACAUCGAUGGUUACCGAAAGCAAAACGCGUAUAUCGCCACGCAGGGGCCCCUGCCUGAGACCUUCGGCGACUUCUGGCGCAUGGUGUGGGAGCAGCGCUCCGCCACCGUGGUCAUGAUGACCAAGCUGGAGGAGAAGUCACGGAUCAAGUGUGACCAGUACUGGCCUGGCCGGGGCACAGAGACCUAUGGUGUGAUCCAGGUUACCCUGCUAGACACGAUCGAGCUGGCGACCUUCUGUGUCCGGACCUUCUCCCUGCACAAGAAUGGAUCCAGCGAGAAGCGUGAAGUUCGCCAGUUCCAGUUCACAGCAUGGCCAGACCAUGGUGUCCCUGAGUACCCAACACCCUUCCUGGCUUUCUUGAGAAGAGUGAAGACCUGCAACCCUCCGGACGCAGGCCCCAUUGUGGUGCAUUGCAGUGCGGGCGUGGGCCGGACAGGCUGCUUCAUCGUCAUAGACGCCAUGCUGGAGCGCAUCAAGCCCGAGAAGACAGUGGACAUUUAUGGGCACGUGACCCUCAUGCGCUCACAGCGGAACUACAUGGUCCAGACAGAGGACCAGUACAGCUUCAUCCACGACGCCCUUCUGGAAGCCGUUGCCUGUGGCAACACCGAGGUCCCCGCCCGCAACCUUUACUCAUACAUUCAGAAGCUGGCCCAGGUGGAGACUGGCGAGCAUGUCACAGGCAUGGAGCUGGAGUUCAAGAGGCUGGCCAACUCCAAAGCCCACACAUCCCGCUUCAUCAGUGCCAACCUUCCCUGUAACAAGUUCAAGAACCGCCUGGUGAACAUCAUGCCGUAUGAGAGCACACGCGUGUGCCUACAGCCCAUCCGUGGCGUGGAGGGCUCUGACUACAUCAAUGCCAGCUUCAUCGACGGCUACCGGCAGCAGAAGGCCUACAUCGCCACACAGGGGCCUCUGGCGGAGACCACCGAGGACUUCUGGCGAAUGCUGUGGGAAAACAACUCCACCAUAGUGGUGAUGCUCACCAAGCUGCGGGAGAUGGGCCGGGAGAAAUGUCACCAGUACUGGCCAGCAGAACGGUCGGCACGUUACCAGUACUUCGUGGUGGACCCCAUGGCGGAGUAUAACAUGCCCCAGUACAUCCUGCGCGAGUUCAAAGUCACCGACGCCCGAGACGGUCAGUCCCGGACCGUCCGCCAGUUCCAGUUCACAGACUGGCCAGAGCAAGGCGUGCCAAAGUCAGGCGAGGGUUUCAUCGACUUCAUCGGCCAAGUGCACAAAACCAAGGAGCAGUUUGGCCAGGACGGGCCCAUCUCUGUCCAUUGCAGCGCCGGCGUGGGCAGGACUGGGGUCUUCAUCACGCUCAGCAUCGUCCUGGAGAGGAUGCGCUACGAGGGAGUGGUGGACAUCUUCCAGACCGUGAAGAUGCUCCGGACACAGCGGCCGGCCAUGGUGCAGACGGAGGAUGAGUACCAGUUCUGCUACCAGGCCGCGCUCGAGUACCUUGGAAGUUUUGACCACUAUGCAACAUAAAAAGCCAUCCCUCCCCGUACUGACUCCACGGACCCCUGGACGUCCCGGACGCUCCCCCUUCCCUCGAGAGGAAGGGGCCUCGAACCGAUUACCACAAACUGAACCCAACAAGUACCUUUUUCUUUGGACACCACAGCGGGAGCGUGGGGGAGGGGUGGGCGAGGGGACCCUCCCCCCCGACAGGCCCAGCGCAGCAUGAACUCCAGGAGCGAAAGCAAAGCUCGAGGGCCAGGGCUGGUCUGAGCCGCUGGGGCCUGUUACCUCAAAGUGGCUUUGGUCCCGAGCUGCCUUGCCCCGCCCCAGCCCCCCGCCCCGGGGAGGGGCACAGUCUCUUGGGUCCCAUCCUUAAGAGUUUGGUUUCUUUGUUCAUCUGGUUGGCCAUCUUUAGGGGAAGUCGCCCCCCACACGCCCCUCCACCAUCCACCCACGCAGAGUCCCCAGCCGCAGCCCUGAGCCAAUGACCACAUCGACGAGACGCCUCCUGUGCGCGGCGCUGGGGGAGGGACACACUUGCCAACAGGGGGUCCCCAGCCUGCCGGAGCCCCGCCAGCGUGGGAGGCCGAGUUCUCCGGGGGGCUGGGGCCACAUCCCCUUCUGAAUACUUGGAACAUUCCUCAUUUCUUUUUUGAUUCCAAAAAACGUUAUUUCUGGAAAGAUGGAGAAAAAGACAAAGGGGGAGGGCGCAGCGUGGCCAGUGGCUUUCCUGCCGGUUGGAUUUCGGAGGGUGGGUGGAGGGGGCAAGGCAGAGGAGCUGCCGAGACAGGCCCUAUGGACCCCUUCCUCCCUGUCUUCAGCAAACACUCUCUCCUCUCUCCCACCCCCACCAGGGGCUUGGGGAAGACGUGGUUCUAGACUCACAGGAUUCAGACCAGAAGGAAUCUUAGAAAUCGUAGGAUCCAUCGCUUCACAGGUGAGGAAACUGAGGCCCAGGAGGCUGUGACUUGCCCCGAGUCACCAGGCAAAGUCUGAAUCUGAACCCCGAAGCCUCCAGGGGUUCUCCUCACCGCCACCACUCUGUCCCCACCCUCUCGGGAUCACCGCGCAGCCUCAGCCUAGCCCACCUCCUCCCAGCCGUCAGACCAUCAGGCAAGAGCGGAGCCUCGGCCCUGCGCUGUGAGCGGCUUUCUUUAAAGUAUCGAUGUAACUGUAACCAGUGACAUUACCGUUUUUUUUUAAAUAGUGUAUUUUUUCCUUUUUUAAAAAAAAAACUGACAGAAUACGAGUCAAUGAAUUUAAAAGAGAAUUUGCUUAUUCAUAUUACGUUCAAAGACAGUCUAUUUUUUCACGGUAGAAACGUUCUGUGUACUGGCUGUGGUCAUAUACGAGAUUCCGUGCGAAUUGCUCCUUCUACAUAUGCUUUUCUACCAUUGGAAAGGUUCGACUUGCUCAUGUAAGAAUGAAUUGUCCUUGUUUUGUUUUUAAAUUAAAUCUCAGACAUAUCAGGCAUGGCUCCAAGCGUGGGGGAGGCCAGGAGAAGGCCAGCCAGCAGGCCCCCUUCUCCUUUGAGCUCCCCUGCCGGGACCAGGCGCCCACUGCGGGUGGGAGGGAUGGCACCUCCCACCCUGGAAGCCCUCCUCUCCACCCCAGGCUUGCAGGUGCCCCGGGGCACACACCAGACAUCUAGUAUGAACCACCACCUCGAUGCCUGGUGGGCCCCUGGGACUCACACUGUGUUGCCAAAGUGUGGAGGUGAAAGGAAGAUGAGCCCCCUGCGCCAGGCUGCCACGGGCACCCCUCCUCCCCUGCUCUCUGCUCGACUGUGGGGAAGAUGGAUGCGUCGGGAUGGGGUGCCCCAUUUGGGCCCUGGGGGGGGGGCCACACACACACACACUCACACACUCUCUCAGACCACAACGUGUGUGCACACACACGACCCGCCUCCUGCACUGACCAGAGAGGCACUGGGCCCGCCCCACCCCAACCAAAAAUGCCGUGGGAACGUGGCCCCAAACUCUUGACAACGUGCAGCCAGGACUUUACCCGGGGAGACGAGGAGAAAGGAGAAAAGCAGAUGCCAACCGAGACCAGUUUUUUCUCUUUGUACGAGAGCAGAGACGCUAUCCGUUUCCCACUGUUACUUCAAACUGAAACUGUAAGUGGUUUUCCUGCCACUGUGUAUGUAGAUAUAUCGACUUUGUAUUAAAGGAAGAUUGUCUGAAA